CUCCGCCCGCUCGCCAUGGCCGCCGCGCUGGGGAGGCUGCUGCGCUCCGCGGUACCCGCCGCUGCCGCCGCCGCCGGGAGGGGGCUGACGGCCCGGCCCUUGCCCUGCGCCCGCCGCCACUUCAGCCUCGGCUCCUGGCGCUUGGCCCCAGCGGUGACACAGCAUGCCCCGUUCUUCAAAGGCACGGCCGUGGUUAACGGAGAGUUCAAGGAGCUGAGCCUGGAUGAUUUCAAGGGGAAAUACCUGGUCCUCUUCUUCUACCCCCUGGACUUCACCUUCGUCUGCCCCACAGAAAUUGUGGCUUUCAGCAACAAAGCAAAUGAAUUCCGUGAUGUGAACUGUGAAGUGGUGGCAGUUUCUGUGGAUUCUCAUUUUUGUCAUCUUGCCUGGAUAAAUACGCCACGAAAGAGCGGCGGUUUGGGCAAAAUGAAUAUUCCAAUUCUGUCGGACCUCACAAAACAGAUCUCCCGUGAUUACGGCGUGCUGCUGGAAGGACCUGGCAUAGCACUGAGAGGUCUCUUCAUCAUUGAUCCAAAUGGGGUCAUCAAGCACCUAAGUAUCAAUGAUCUCCCAGUGGGUCGUAGCGUGGAAGAGACCCUCCGCCUGGUGAAAGCAUUCCAGUAUGUGGAAACACAUGGAGAGGUUUGCCCGGCAAACUGGACUCCAGACUCCCCUACAAUCAAACCAAGCCCAGAAGGUUCUAAAGAAUAUUUUGAGAAAGUGCAUACAUAAACACUCAAAUAUGUGGACAAAACUCCUAGUUACCAUAAACAGAAGACAUUAGGACAGCAGCUGUGAUUGUAUAAAAAAAUAAUCAAAUCAAAGUUCUCAUUUUCUCAUGUUUAAGAAGAAAUUAAAUGAUUAAAUACUUA